AUGACCGACUCGCGCCAGAUGCCGCUUCUAGCGGACGACGGGGCGAGCGGCGCAGGAGCUGGCGGAGUUAAAAAUACAAACCUAAUCGGCGGAUUUAGCGGCGGGCUGAACGGGAGUUUCAAGAUGGGCGGAGGCAGGUGGCGGUACCUGGCGGGCGCGGGUGUUCUGGUCGCGCUAGCGCUCUUCGCCCCGCUCGCCUACCAGAUGUGGCAACCCAGCAGCGACGUCUCCUUGAUCCCCUCGCAGUGGCAAGGUACGGGACCCACGGAUUGGGGCAUGAGCCGUCAACCUAUUCUUGUACCUUCACAACCUCGUGCCUCGUCUGCUUCCUCUGUUAUUCCGCUCGUAACCCUCAUAUCCUCUCCUCCCCAUUCUCCGCAUCCUUUGCCCCCCUUUCUUUCCCCUUUCUCUUUCCUCAACCUCCUCUGCAUCCUUCCCCCUUGCGCAAUCCUUCCCCCAUGCCCCAUCCCCUCCGCGGCCCCAGGCGUCAUGCGCCUUUCCACCGCGCCAACCGGCACCGACGCCUGGAGCUCGCUCAUAUUCUCCGCCGCUAAUCCUGCCGGCCGCGCCGCCGUCCUCGGCGGGGAGGCCGCCAGCGGAGAGCCGUGGGAUGCGAUGGAGGUGGAAGCGUCUGAAGGGCUUUUUCUCGCCGGAGCCGCUGCCGUCAUGCCUUCACCCGAUGUCGUGUUUUUGGCAUCCGAUGACGUCAGCCCGCCAGCUGACAACCAAGGCUCGACUGGCGAAACUGAGAGCGUCCCGUCGAACGAUAAAGGAGAUCGAGAGAGAACUACUAACGAGACGUCUAAUACAGGAGACAUUAAUACUGUCGUUGCGCUUGAAGCCACCGCGGUUACAAGCGAAACUGCUGACAGCGGGGAUGGGUUGCGCGGGGAAGAGGGGGAGGCGGAAAACAGGGAAAACAAAACCGGAUCUCCCCGCGCGGAUGCGCCACCCGCGGGGCCAGCGGACGGGAAAGAGCUGGGGGGGGAAAGUGGCGUGGGAAGGCGGAGAGGGAAGCCGUGGGAGGAGCGGAAGGGGUUUGACGCGGCGCUUCCGCACGCGACGGUGAAGCUGCUGCGGAGAAUGGCGAAGGCGGGCCUGCCGAUUCCGCGCGACCCGUGGCUGUGCGCGACGCGUGCUGCUGACGUGGAGGGAUACACGCGACCAUCAGAGGAGGUGAGCGGGCAGUACGUGUUCCGCGGCAGCACGGUGGACGGGGCGGACUGCCGCCUCUUCUACGCCGCGCUCACCACGCCCUCGCCCUUCAACGCCACCUUCACCACCCUCUCGCGCUCCGACCCCCUCCCGCUCCCCCUCCCCCCUUCCGACACCUCUCCCUCCCCCGACUCCUCCUCGUCCUCCUCCGCCCCCGCCUCCCCCUCGUUCCCCUCCUCCUCCGCCGCGGCUCCCCCGAUCCCCAAGAUCGCCUUCCUCUUCCUCACGCGCGGGCCGCUGCCCUUAGCGCCGCUGUGGGAGCGGUUUUUCCGCAACCACUCGGCAUACUUCACCGCCUACAUGCACGCCGCUACGCCUGGGUACCGCGUGGAGCCCUGGGUGCGGAAAAACCUCAACCUGCGCGCCGUGCCCAGCAAGCCCGUGUUCUGGGGCACUCUCAGCAUCGUGGAGGCCAUCAAGCGGCUUCUCGCCACAGCCCUCCUGGACCCGCACAACGUGCGCUUUGUGGUGGUGAGCGAGAGGGACGUGCCGCUGCACGGCUUCCCCACCAUCUACCGCUACCUGCUGGCGUCCAACCAGUCGUACGUCGGCGGUUACCGCAAGUUCUUCCGCGACAACAAGGCCGCCAUCAAGGUCUUCCCGCGUGAGCUCGUGCUCAACGGCUGGAUGCACGGCGAGUGCUGGGUCGAGAUGGCCAGACCACAUGCAAUGGAGGUGGUGCGGGACUGGGAGUGGCACGAGAAGGGCCGUAACUACUGCGCUGUGAUGCAGCGGCCCACAUGCUGUGUGGACGAGAACCUCAUCCACAACAUCAUCACCUCCAAGCACCCCCACCAAGUGGCCAACCGCAGCGUCAUGAGCGUCGACUGGCAACGCAAAACAGGCCACCCACACACGUACCUCCCGCGGGACAUCUCGCCUGAGUCGAUUCGGAGCAUUCAGGAGGAGUGGCAUGAGAACCAGAAGCGGCCCUACUCGCAGCCCAUGUUUCUGCUGCCCAAGGAGUCGCAGCAGUUUGUGAUGUCCAACCGGCGCUGUACAGUGAGCGGCGAGAAUGCCACGUGCUGGCUCUUUGCACGAAAGUUCAUUGGGUUGUCGCUGCAAGCUCUCAUGAACCUUCCAAGCGACGUGCUUGGAUACUAG